GGUCGUGAAAUUCAUAUUCUCGUACCAUCUGAACGAGAUCAAGGUAAGAUCUUAAUUUUGAACGUAGCUAACAUUAUAUCAGGUUCGUUCCUAGUCAUUUGCGGCUUCGAAACUCCCGCCGAUCAACACCACUCAGUUGAAAGUCUGAUCGAGUCUCCAAUUUCGAUUUUCUCUGUUCCUUCAAUUGAGCCGCAUUGGUGCAGCUUCGGGGAUCACCACACUGCAGCAAUGAUCAAGCCAAUCGGAGGUUGUUUUUGGCGUUCAGGCACCAACAUUGGCCAACUCCAGAGUCUCAUCCUCAUAUCCCAAUUCUAUACCCAAAUCCAUCGAGAGUCGCAUCUUGAUCAAAUAUCUUGAACCUCAAUAGUCAAGAUGGCAGCCGAAGACAGCUUCGUGUAUCCUGAACUUGGAGGAGGUGAUGCCUUCCGCCUCGUCCAUCUCCAGCCCUGCGAAAAUCUGGAGUCGAGCGUGGAGUGUUCUCUGGAAAACACAAAGUUGGCCGACUAUCGACACGAUAUUGCUGACCACUAUAUUGCCAUAUCAUAUGUAUGGGGAGAUCCAACCGACAGACGUACUAUAAUGAUAGAUGGAAAGCGACUCGAAAUCACCGCAUCGUUGGAAUCAGCACUGCGCCACAUUCGAGAUCCUCGAAGAAUUCUUCAAGUCUGGGCAGACGGCAUCUGCAUUGAUCAGAACGAUGUCCUUGAUCGCAACCAGCAAGUCAGUUUGAUGGGAGAUAUAUACUCGACUGCCGAACACACUAUUAUUUUCUUAGGCUUAUCUUCCCCUCGAUGCGACGCUAUGUUGCAGUGGAUGAGCUUGGGUGCUGACUCAUCCGAGUCUGAGGGUACACCAUAUCCUUUGACUUGUCAGUUCGAAAUGGUCGUAGAAGACGAGAUACUUGCCAGGCCUUGGUUCACAAGGGUUUGGAUUCUUCAAGAGCUUGUUCUCUCCAGGAUCCAUGGAUUCAGUGCGGACGAUAUCGAGUCAGGUGGGGAGUAUUUUACAGAACAGUCAUGAGAACCAGUUUCUCCCAGUGGCGUCCCAACAGUCGCAAGAUUCUGGAGAGCAUGACGCAAAGCAGAAACAAGUUCGGUGCCACCGACAAGAUACCUACCCAGUAUAUCGAGGAGGUACCAGGCCAGGCUCUUCUGGAGCUGCUGUCUCAGCGAAGGGGAUGUUGUCUUUCGGACCCCAGAGAUAUGAUAUAUGCCCAUCUCGGACUUGCGAGCGCCAUCACAAGAUUGAAGAUUCCGAUUGAUUAUGAUAAGUCUGUGUCAGAGGUCUAUCAGUAUACCACCCGCUUAUUCGUAGAAUGGUAUGGACUUAAGAACAUACUUCAUCAUGUGGAAAGUAUUUCAUUGGGUGGGCUCCAAAGAGGCUAUCCAUCAUGGGUACCUGACUGGACU